AUUCGUCUGCCCCGUUUUACAAAUGUUUUACAUGCUUUAUUCGCGUUCGCAAUCCUAUUCUGUUCAUUGCUCUAUGGUUGCACGAUAUAGCCCUACAAAGUGAACGCCGAGUUAGCGGAUUGCCAAUGUGUGCACUGCACAAUCAUCAGUGGUGACAGGUAUUUCUAAGGCAGUUGAUUGGUCCCACACAAUGAGUUUGCCUACUCUCAAGAAGAUUGCAGCAUAUGGUGGGGUGUUGUCUGUUCUAGGAGCCGGGUAUUUCUUCAAGAAAAUUCAAGAUGGACUUGCUGCUGGUUCCUACUACUCACAAUCCAUGACAAUCCUCAGAGAACAUCCAGGAGCAUCAGAGGUUCUGGGCCACCCCAUCCGAAGCAAGUUUCUCAAUCUCGGAGACUCUUUCAAUGUUGUCAACGCAGCUGAAGCCAAGCUUGCCAUACCUGUGAAAGGAAGUAAGCGAAGAGGAACACUGUACACGUGGUCUGACAGACAAGGGCAGGGGUGGGAAGUCAAGAAGUUGCAGCUUCAGUUGAGAGACACAAAGAGGAAGGUGACUAUCUAUGCGAUCGGGGCAAAGUCAGAAGAAGGUGAUAUGGACAAUCAGGAUGCUGCAGAGGUAGUGGAUGACUGAAUCCUGGCAAGGAAAGGGUACCCAUGUGAUGGACCAGCAUGCCGUAAGCUAUGGCGAAGCCCCAUCCACGUAGCCAGCGCUGCAUGAAGCAUACCAGGACAGUGGGGUGGAAGAACAUGGCCACUAGCUCACAGUACAGGAGGAAUGCCCCAAGGAGAACCACA